CGUGACGCAUCGUCCAACCGCACCAAUAUCUCCAGGGUAAGGGAGGAGCGGCGAUCCGUCGGUGGCGAGGUGGACGGCGAAAAGGAGGACGAGCAUGGCCGACGGGAAGGACCUGGGUGCCGCGGCGGCCGCGAAACCCGACCCCGAUGAAGGGCAGCCGGAUCUGGAAGAGGAAGGUGAGCUCGAAGCCGCCGCCGGCGGCGGCGGCGAGGAAGAAGAGGACGUCGACGUCGACGGCCUCGCUAGCUUCCUCGAAUUCGAGAUCCUCUCCGGAUCCAGCGAGGAAGAUCCUCUCGACCAGCUGGAGGAGGGCGAGGAGGAGAAGGAGACGGGGGUGGAUGAUGAAGCGAAGAACGGUAAGAGGAAGCAAGAUUCGCUGUCGGACGGAGAUGGCAGCGGCAGCGAGGACGAGCGUCAGAAGAGGGCGAGGAAGGAGAAGGGAAAAGGAAAGGUUUUGACAGAGGGGCCGCCUCAGAUUGACACGGGCAUGUUCACCAACGUCCCCCCGGAGCUGUUCCUGCAGAUCUUCAAGUUCCUCUCCUCGGAGGACCUCAUCUCGUGUGCCCUUGUGUGCCGCUUCAUGAACGCCGCCGCAUCUGACGAAACCCUUUGGCGCCGCUUGUAUUGUAUGAGGUGGGGCCUGUCCUCUAAUGCUACCUCUAACGCGAAACUCAGGGAGUGCGCUUGGAAGAGCCUCUACAUUCAGCAAGACAGAGAAGAUAUGGUUGAAUUCGUGAGAUAUACCCCUACAGAAUUCAAAGAGUACUAUAUCCAGAUGCAGGCUGCAAAAAGGAGUCAGGCACCCCUUCCCUCAGAAGUUAACGACGACAAGAUUGUUCUUGAUAAGACAGUAGCUGAUCAGGUGUCUAGUUGGAAAAGCCGCAGAGGCCUUACCGAUGAUGCAGUCAAGGGGCAUUCUUGUUCCGGAAGUACUUGCUACUAUAAGCAGAUUGGUGAUGCUUAUAUCUGUGAGAAGACUGGUCGUGUACAUGUCUGUGAUGAUGCCUGUCGUGAAUUUGUCUUGGACCAAGCUAGCGGGUUACUUGUCUGUACGAUAUCUGGGCACUGUUUUGAGAGAUUUUUAUGUCCUGAUGACGAGUGGGACACUUGUGAUGCUGAUCAGCAGCAAGGUGGCGUGACUGAUGAAGCAGAGCCAUUCAUGGGAUCUGGACGAUUUGCACGAGCUUAUCAGUUGGGUUACAGCUGUGCCGACGAGAAGGAACUUGAGCAUGCUUUGCGGUUCUGCUGAUAUUCUCCCGGGGAUUUGAUCCUUCAGACCUUCACUCGUGCUCGCUACACGAGAGCAAGUUUUUGGUUGGCAAGGGAAAUAAGCUGCAGGAAGCUCUAUACUAUACGCUUUACUUGAUCUCGACCUCCGGGGAUGUGCCUAUGAAUGCAAAAUCAGCAGAAAUGCUGGUAUGCUUUUCGAUCAGUCGAGGGAGCUAAUAUGCUGUUGUGUAGUUUCCUAAAUUAUGAGCGAUGUAUCCUAAUAGUAAUAAAAUAAAUGCUUGACCACUUAUCCACUUGUAAUCCCCACAACAGUGCCUAUUUGUGGCACUGUAACCUAUUCACUGAAGUGGUCGAGGCAUGUAUGAGGUUGCUGUUUUUUUAUUUAGCAUACAAAUCAGCAAGUUUUUCACCUU